AAAUUAAGAAAACAAAAGAAAUUAUUAUUUGAAUCGGAAAAGAAUAGUGCGUUUAUUUUUUCCAAAGAAAAUUUUAAGUGAAAAAAAUUGUAAAUUGUUAUAAAAUUUGCAAUAGACUUUAGUGCUCUUUUUUUAAAAAAAAAAGGAAAAAAAAAAUAUUCAAAAUGCAUUUGCCAGCAACACAAUCAUCGCCAUCAACAAACAGCACCACAUCGUCGUCACAACAGCAACCACAAUCACAAAACGAAUCAAACAUGUUGAAUGAUAUGUUUCCAAAUUUAUUGAAUGUGUUGACAGAAUGUCACGGUGAUUUAGUUCAAACUGGUUCGCCAAUGAUUCUAUGCUCGUCAUUGCCACCACAUUGGCGCAGCAAUAAAAGCCUGCCGUGUGCAUUCAAAGUGAUUGUACUCGACUACGAAAUUCCCGAUAAUACAGAAGUUAUUAUUACCGCUGGUAAUGAAGAACAAUGUAAUCCGGAAUUGCGAAACAAUACAGCCGUUUUGAAAAACGGUGUUGCCAAAUUCAACGAUCUUCGAUUUGUCGGAAGAUCAGGCCGUGGAAAAUCAUUUUCCGUUGUAAUCACAAUACGUUCAUCUGUUAAUCAACAAACAUUACACCCGAUUCCUGAACAAAUUGCUACAUACAAUAAAGCAAUCAAAGUCACCGUGGAUGGACCACGCGAGCCAAGAAGUAAGCAAAGCUUUGGGUACGGACAUCCAAAUGGAUUGCAUCCGUUCAUGUUGAAUCCGGGUUGGCUCGAUGCAGCUUACAUGAGCUACGCAUUUCCUGAAUAUUUCCGUCAACAACCACACAAUCCACAAUUUGCAAAAGUAUCGCCAACAUUACCAGGAUCCGUACCAGCCACAGUAUUGCCACCAACACUGGGCAGCGAAUUCAAUCCAAUGCAAACAAUGGCACCAACUCAACCAACCAUUCUUUCAACACAUUCAGCCACAAUAAUCCCGCCACAACCAGCCACAGCCGUGAGAUCGGGUGCAUAUCUUCCAUCACCAUUCCAUCCGUUUGCUCAUCCAGAAUUAUUAUGCAAAAAUCCAUUUUUGCCAUAUGAUUUGGCCGGUUUGCGUAGCAUUUCAAUGAAUGGCCGUCCCAUUCAUCAUCAUCUCCAACACAACACAAGUCUACCAUCUGAAUCGUCUGUAAUAUCAAACCGAACGCCCGAACUUUUGAGCACAUCACGUUUAUCACCCACCUCAUCACGACCAUCAUCAUCGAGCCCACCAUCAUCGCAACACAGUGAUGUCAUCAAAAAUGAAUCGGAAGAAUCGGACGAUGAACAAAUCGACGUGGUGAAGUCCGCAUUUGUGCCAAUUUUAAGACCAAACCCGGCCGCCCAUUCAAUCAUUGGCAUUGCCGAUUCAACAACAAUCACCGAUCAAAGAGAUACAAAAAUCCGUUGCGAUUUGAAAGCGCCAUCAUCACGAAAACCCGUCCAUGAAACCGCACCAACCGGUCCACGAUCACCUGAAACCAAAAUUAAAACACCGAUUAGCGCACAAAAAACCGUAUGGCGACCAUAUUAAAUAUAAAUUAAUGGCAACAAGAACAAUUGUGCAGGACAUAAUUAAUGAAUCUGUGACCGCGUGCGUGCACACUCUUUAUGUAAAUUGUAUUUCGGUCGAUUCGAGGCAUAUGGUACACAAGCAGGCAGCAAAAAUAACAACAUCAACAAUUUUAAUCGAUUCGGUCGGCAAUGGAUUCAUUUGGUUGAUUUUUUGGUGUUUUAUUUGGACGCGCGGUUGUUGCGACGAAGAAAAAAAAUCAUUUUUUUUUUUGCUGGUUACGUCGCUCAACAAAUUGCAACUACCGGGAAAAAAUGUUUGGCGAGUCUAAUGAAUAGAUAAAUGUACAUAUAAUUUAAGUGCAAAAAUUAAUUUUCGAUUCGGGGACAGAAGGCAACAGUAUUUCGAAUGGUGUUAUAAAGUAUGUGUGCAAUUUUACAGGAUACGUGUUUUUUUGCACUUCAUUCUCUUGAAAAAAAAAGCCACUUGCAUAUUGCAUUUUUUUGUGUUUAAAUGUACUUUUUUUGUUCAGUGUAUCAUGUAACAUAAAUAGUUUUAAGUGAUAAAUCACAGAAUUUUCAACAUCAUUUGGGCUUUAGCGAUAGGAAUAUAGUCAGUCACCUCUAAUUGAAUACUUUCAAUUCUUUCCAAACAUCUAACCAUCCCCCCGAUAUAUAUAUAUAUAUUAUCCAUGGCCUGGAAAUGCCUAUGUAAUUUACAUAUAAACGAGUGAGACUCAAACAUGUUCUUCUUUUUCCAUCAAAUUUACCA